UAAUUUAUUAUUUAAACUUUGCUAUUGAAUAAAAUAUUGUUAUAGUUUUUUUUUUAAUUAUAAUAUUAAUUUUCAAAAAAUUAUCAUGUAUAAAAUACGAGAGCUAUUAGUUAUUAUAAUAUAUUUUAUUGUAGUUUAUGCGGAAAAUAAUAAACUAAAAUCUACUAUAACAACAGAUGAUUUAAAGCAAUUGCGUAAAUAUUUGUUUAUCACCCAAUCGUAUGACAAGUUUGUCCGACCUAUACCUAAAUCGGGCGGAAACACGACUGUCAACAUUGACUUCGGUUUAAUUCAUAUAACAGAGUUUAAUGUCAAAUCACAAACACUUACUGUCGAGGGUUGGCCGAAAAUAAACUGGACUGACGACGGUCUCCGAUGGGAUAAUAAAGAGGAGUUUAAAAACAUAGCUGUCCUACGUAUGCCUUCCGAUCAAAUAUAUAAACCUGAUUUAAUGGCAUACAAUGGCAUAGAGCAUAGUACUACAAAAAUGACUAAUACUAAUGCAUUGGUAUAUCCCAAUGGGAUGGUAUUGUGGGUAACGCCGAUCACAUUGAAAGCCCUGUGCAAAGUAGACCUCUCCCGAUGGCCAUACGAUAGACAUUUGUGUUUUAUUCAAUUUGGCUCAUGGACCAUGGAUGGAUUUACUAUGGAUCUAACUGCCAAUAAUGAUGGCAAAAGUUUUCUUAAUAAUUUCUAUGAAAACACUGAAUUUGACGUCAAAUUUGUGAACGUGACCCGAGUGGUCAAGUAUUACUCGUGUUGUACCGAACCGUAUCCGUCGGUGACUUACUAUUUUGAAUUGCAACGACAGCCGACACUUUAUCACUACACAAUAACUGUACCGGCAAUUAUGGCCAUUAUAGCUAGUUUGGCCAUAUUUUUGUUACCCGUGCGCUCAGGACUACGAUUUGUAUUGAAUUCAGUUAGCUUUAUUGUAUUGUCCAGUAUUUUAGUCAAUUUGGGUGCACAGUUUGGUGUUUCUACGCUAGGAGUUCCCGUUGCUGUUCAUUUUAUAAGUGUGUCGACACUGUUUGUCGGUUUAUUACAACUAUGGCUUACAAUUGCAUACAGUACUUCAUUUUUUCCGAUAAGAUUCAUAAAAGUGAUGUUUCAAACCUAUAGAAAGACCACUACCACUGAACACGAGGAACAACAUCUAACAAAAUCAACUAAACCUGAGAUGGAGGACAUCCUAAAAGAGUCAGAUCAGACAAAAAGUCAAAUAUUUGUGUUAAUUAUAGAUAAGUUUGUUUUUGUAGUCUAUGUUUUUGCACUAUUGUAUAACUUAGUUGUUUAAAAUUUAAAAAUUUUUAUAAGUUUUUGUUAUAAUAAGCAAUUAUCACAAUAUAAAACCCUUUCAACUUUAUACAGUAUAUAUAUUUUUU